UGGGGGCGAGUUGAGUCUUGUCGAUAAUUGUAAAAAAGAGGUAAAAACUAGGAAUGCUGAAGUAUAUAAUGCAACAAUGGAGUCUGAAGAAUACAGGUGAUAAGUUGGGUGCUUCUCUAAUUUCUUAUGUGGAAAUUUGAAAUGAUUCUCGUCUUCGUAUCCGUUAUUCUAUCUUGUUUGCCACUCCUUCAUUCUGCUACAGACAGAAACAUUUCUAGGCCUAUCUGCCCAGAAAGUUUCAGUUGCCCGAAUCUGAUCCCGUUCAAGUACCCAUUUUACAAUGUCAAUGACACACGAUGUGGGUUGAUCAAGGUCAACUGUACUUCCGAUGGUGCAGAGAUGCAAUUUGGACGACAGUCGUAUGAGAUUGUGCACACGGGUCAUUCUAAUUAUCUUGAUAGUAUUUUAUUAUUCAUCAGGAACAAAACAUUUGAGCAGCUUUUGAAAAAUAAUAGCUGUGAGGCGCUUAUGAAUACUUUCAUUUAUCCUACAAGUCCAAACCCUCUUUUGUAUACAAUUUCAUUAUAUCCCAACAUCACUGUGUUCAAAUGCACAAAAAAUCUCACUUACUUUGAUCAACAUAAUUACAAUAGCUACAACAAAUGCCCAAAUUACAACUUCUACUAUAAGUACUUGAAUGGAACAGUUCCAAGUGACCUCCCACAUACAUGUCAAGUAGUGCACCUACCUGUCCGAUUUCCCGCUAGUCCUGGACUUGAUGAAACAAACAUAUUUUCUCUCCUCUCAGCAAACACAUCUCUUUCAUUGGAACUGUCACCUACCUGCAGAGACUGUUUUGAUAAAGGCCACCGGUGCGAUACUUUUAAUGGACAUGCUAAGUGUUCAGACACCAUAAAGGAAAAACAAGGAAGAAAACAGACGAUUAAACUUCUGGGUAACAACGCAUCUUGGAUCCUAUGCUUUACUAAUUACUAUUGGUUAUUUUGAUUGCAUACAACAUACAUGUAGGAAUAUGUACCUGAAUGUGUUGCAUUUUCUUGUUCUAGUUAUUGCUGGAUCAGCCUUGAUCCUCGUUUUGUCUUUUGUCAUCUUCAUAAUCUGGUGUCACUGUAAGAGAAACCUUUUUUCCUAUGCCUCGUCAAAAAACAAAUCUCCAAACCUAGAAGACAUAAGCCUCUCUUGUGGCGUCUCUUUUUUCUCCUAUAAGGAGCUUGAAGAUGCCACCCAGAAUUUUGAUCCUUCUCAUGAACUAGGGGACGGAGGUUUCGGAGCAGUUUUUUAUGGCAAACUCAAAGACGGGAGAGAAGUUGCAGUGAAGAAACUUCACGAGCACAACUACAAUCGAGUCCACCAAUUCAGAAACGAGAUUGAAAUCCUCACCAAAUUAAGGCACCCAAAUCUUGUUGUUCUCUAUGGUUGUGCCUCCAGACAAAGCUGUGAACUUCUUCUUGUUUAUGAGUAUGUUCCCAACGGCACUGUUGCCGAUCACCUCCAUGGAGAACAAGCAAAUCCGUACCUUCUCACAUGGCCGAUACGGAUGAACAUUGCCAUUGAAACUGCCAGUGCACUGGUGUACCUCCACACUUCUGAAAUCAUACACCGAGAUGUGAAGACAACCAACAUUCUUCUUGAUCACAAUUUCUGUGUCAAAGUAGCAGAUUUUGGUCUCUCAAGGCUUAUACCGAAUAAUGUCACUCAUGUGUCAACAGCUCCUCAGGGAACCCCAGGAUACGUAGAUCCACAAUAUCACCAACGCUAUCAAUUAACAGAUAAGAGCGAUGUUUACAGCUUUGGGGUAGUCUUGAUUGAACUAAUAUCAUCAAUGGUGGCUAACCUCGCUCUAAACAGAAUCCAAAGAUGUGCAAUUGAUGAACUGAUCGACCCAGUUUUAGGAUCCGAUACGAAUCCUGAAACUAUGAACAACAUCACAUUAGUAGCAGAAUUGGCUUUUAAGUGUUUACAGUAUGAUUCAGAUAUGAGGCCUACAAUGAACGAGGUAUUGGAUGUAUUGAUGAAUAUUCAAGCCACGGGUAGAGUAGACACUGAUGACAGUAUUACAGACUUGCAAACCGGGAAUGUGCUGCCUUUGUCUGAAACCAAUGAUGCGGUGGUUUUAUGAUUAAAUUUCAUCUAGUCGGACCUAAAAUCAUACACAGUAUUUUGCAUUUCAGAUGGACAUCAACACAUAUGCAUACACAUUUUGACAUUUAAACAGAAUUGAUACAUUUUGAUGUCAAUAACAUGAAACUUUUCAUA